AAAAGGAAGAUUUUUGAGAUAGCAGCACAGCAAAACACAGUCUCCUGCAGAAGCAGUGGAGAAUGGACAUCACAAUGGCAAAACUGUGGUUCUAUCUGAUGCUGGUAGGUCCUACUGGAGCCUUCAUGUUGACUGUGCCCAAAUCCUCCGUUUCCAUUCCAGCCAGAAAUACAGUCUGGCUCUCUGCCUUACUGAGCCAUCCAACAUCACUGCCAAAUUAUUUCCAGAUACGAUGGUAUUUUGUCACUGGCUCCGAGUUGGUGCUGAUUCUCAUGGCUGAUAACUGCAAGACAAAUGGGACAAACCAACAUUGGAGGGACUCCUGUAAGAUCAGAAUUGAAAAGACAGAGGGAUACAAACAUCGAGCAGAAGUGUCUUCAGAUGAUGUGUCACUGAUGAUCCAGGAUGUAAGAGUUGAAGAUUCUGGGAUUUAUUCCAUCACGUUGCUGGCUUUGGGCAGGAAGAUAUCAGCCAACAUCAACCUAAUGGUGACCAAAGCAGAAUAUAGUUCUUCAAGCAAUCAGACUGAAAGUUCCACCAGGAGUCCAUUACUGACAUUUGUCUCAAGAGAGGAACAGGAAGAAGAAGGAAAUAAUAAUGGUAUUGAUGCAGACACUAAUCUCUUCUCUGCAGUGGAUGUGGAAGUCUCUAUCUCAUCAGUGAAAGCAACAAAUACCAGAGACCAUACGGUGCCAAACAUCAUCCAACUAAGUUUAGCUGGCCUGAUCCUCCUUCUCCUUGGAGUGAUAAUAGCUGAGAAUAUUUCCUUUACUUAUUGCAUGGAUAAAAAAACAUCAGCCGGAGAUGGAAGAGAGACAAUCUCAUCCCCAAUUGGAAUGGAGUGCAGCUUUCCUCCUUUGCCACGCAACCCCUCCAUGUUUGUGAAAAUGCCAGGGUCAGAUGAAUUCCAUGGUAUCAUUGGCCGCUGAUCUUCCUGGUUUUUAUAACAGACUAUGUUGUAUUGCUGAGUUGUCCAAAUACAUGCUUAUAUCAAUUUCCCCACCCAGGUACCCUCCAGAUGUUUUAAAAUGUAGAAAGCAUAUCAAACAAACCCUUGUUGUGACCUCCUUCCACCUGGAAAUCAAUGUGCUCAAUGUGAAAGACCAUGUAGAUCCAGAAUAGGUCUCUACAAUCACUAAGACUUUGCUCUUGAAAGACAAUCACACUCAGCCACGGGUUACCACCUAUAGAAUAGAAUAGUAUAAUAUCCCACCAGUUCCAGCAAACCAAAUCAAGGAUGUAUUAACAAAUGAAUUGAACUAGGUUGAAGCAGUCUUGCUGGUAUGUUGAUAUACAUACAACAGUACAAAAAUGGCAAUUGUCUAUUCACUGAAGCACGGGUAAAUUCUGCUUUGACGGGACUAGCUGUAAAAUACUGGGCAAGGAGGACAUUGUGAAUCCUGCAAUGUAAUAGCAUGGCAUAGAUGGGCUAUAAUGUGUAAUUAAUCUUAUUUUUUAGGUUCAACUUUUACAGAUUUGAUUACAGUAUGUAACAAAAUUUGAGAAAAAAUCUGUUCCUGGUUUGAAAGUGUUAUGUCCUGUUUAAUUGUGUGGUAAUUGCUUUGAAAGUAGUUGUUAAAUUCCAGAACCUUUGUUUUUGUGGCUGCCACAAACUAUCUUGAAUUGGUUGAGACUCUAUGAGAUAUUCAUUGAAAAACUAUAGCAAAAUGUGAUUCAGGAGUUUUGCAGUUUAAUAAACCUUUUCCAUGUUUUCAUGAUAGAACCAAUUAGGAAAUGACAUUUAUAACCUGGGAUCAUAAAUCAUGUUACAUAGUAUUAUUUGUGGACUUGUUUGGGAAUCUCUGGAGCCCCCGGUGGCGCAGUGGGUUAAUCCACUGAGCUGCUAAACUUGCUGACCAAAAGGUCAGUGGUUCGAAUCCGGGAAGUGGGAUGAGCUCCCGCUGUUAGCCCCAGCUUCUGCCAACAUAGCAGUUCAAAAACAUAAAAAUGUGAGUAGAUCAAUAGGUACUGCUUCUGUGGGAAGGUAAUGGUGCUCCAUGCAGUCAUGCUGGCCACAUGACCUUGGAGGUGUCUAUGGACAACGCCGGCUCUUUGGCUUAGAAAUGGAG